GCGCUGAGCGUCGCGCCGAUGAUGGAGUACACGACGCCGCACUUUCGCGUCAUGGCGCGGUUGAUGUCCAGGCGCGUCAUGCUGUGGACGGAGAUGGAGGUGGAUCAGACGGUGACGCACAGCGCGCGAGAUGGGGAUCGGGUGGAUAAAUUUUUGGAUUAUCCCGCGGCGACGUUUGGGACGGUGCUGCAGUUGGGAGGGUCGACGCCGGAAUAUUUAGGACGCGCGACGGCGAUCGCGGCGCCGUACGGGUACGACGAGAUAAAUUUGAACAGUGGAUGCCCGAGCCCGAAGGUGGCGGGGAAGGGGUGCUUCGGAGCGGCGCUCAUGGCGGAGCCGGGGUUGGUGGCGGAGUGCCUGGCGGCGAUGGCGGAGAACGCGCCCGAGGGGACGCCGGUGAGCGUGAAGUGUCGAAUCGGGGUCGAUGACGUGGAUUCGUACGACGAUCUGUGCGAUUACGUCGAACGCAUCGUCGCGGGGAGCUCGACGCGUCGAUUUUACGUGCACGCGCGCAAAGCGUUGCUCGCCGGAUUGUCGCCCGCGGAGAAUCGAACGGUGCCUCCGCUCAAGCACGAGUGGGCGUACGCGUUGGCGAGAGAUUUUCCCGAGUGCGAGUUUCACUUGAACGGUGGAUUAAAGACGCUGAACGAUGUGAAGAACGUUCUCAAACGCGGGCCCGAGGACGGAGGGCCGAUCGUGGGGGCGAUGAUUGGUCGACAGGCACACGCGGAUCCGUGGGGGUUGCUCAGCGCCGCGGACACCACGCUCUUCGGCGAGGCGUCCAACCCGAGCGCGUCCAGGCGCGACUUUUUGAACAAGUACGCGGUGUACGCGGAUGAAACGAUCGGUAGAUACGGUACCGCGAAGGAUGGGUAUCGCAUUCCGAGCGUUCGUCACAUGAUGCAUCCUAUUCAAAAUUUAUUCCACGGGUGCGCCAACAACAAGGCGUGGCGGCGCUUGGUCGAGGAAGAUUUACAAAAGCGUUCGAAACAUCCCGACACGACGGUUCGAUCGGUACUAGACGCGACGCUGAUCGCGAUUUCGGACGAAGAUUUGGACGCCCCA